UGGCUCAUCCGCCGCCCGUGGAGACAGCCGAUCUGUAUCACCCGCUAGGGUUCUCGCGCGACACCACCGCCAACCUGGCUGCUCUUGCGGUUCCGCCACCGGGCAUGGGGACAGCGCUAGAUGCGCUGACUGCCCCUCAACCGUUGAAUUCCCGUCGACCCGCAGCGCCGUCGCUCCCCAGUUUUGAGCUGCCGCCCCCGAACUUUCAGAUCGGAGGAGCCGCGGUGAAGUAUCACUCCCAUCCUGCGCAUCCACAGCCAGCGAACAAUCCCAGUGUCAAUAGCCUUCUGACGCCGCCCGCCUCGACGCAGUCUGGUGAGACGCCGGUGCCCACGACCACCACUGCCGUGACGACUGCCGCGGUCUCUGCAUCCCCCGAUCCGACCUCGUCCUAUACCGCCGCCUACUGGCCCGCCCAAAAUUCAUACUCCGCUGCGUCCGCUACACCCCGUCAGUCCUGGAGCGCCGGUGUGAAUCCCUACCCGCCGCGCGACACCUUCUCCCCCUCAGGGAACCAUCUCCAUCGACAUUCGGCGACCUCACCACCAGGGACCGAGGCGAUCCCGAACCAGCCGUACGACAUGAACCACCUACCUCCCUUUCAGCAACCGCUCGCAUCGAGUAUGCCGGGCCCGAACUCGCAGCAUUAUGCCAUGACGCAUGCGAUGCUCGCGGCACAGAAUGCGCUCCCUAAUCCGCCACCGGCCCCGCCGUCGCUACCCUCGAACGACCCGUACAUGACCAAAUCCUCGUCCGCUCCCUCCUACACCGGAAUCCAGCAGAUGUCGAAUCCCUCGGGGGCAUAUGGCCCCUACGGUCAAACCAGCUUAGCGAUUCACCCCCCUGGACGGGUGGCCUCCAAUCCGCCCCCGCAUCAUCUCAACUAUCAGCGACAGCCGUGGCCCUCGUAUUCGUUACCGGCGAUGAACGGACCCGUGCUGACGAACGUGCACAAUCCGAACGGACAUAUGUCGCUCAUCAGCAAUCCGCUACCCGGCCGGCUGGCGUUCAACAGCGGCCAAUUGGCCAUGCAGCAGAUGUAUGGGGGUCAUCCAUCCCACGCGGGCCACCCACCGGGCCCGACAAACGACCGACCCUUCAAGUGUGACCAGUGUCCGCAGAGUUUCAACCGGAACCACGACCUGAAGCGACAUAAACGGAUCCAUCUGUCCGUGAAGCCGUUCCCUUGCCAUCAUUGCGAUAAAAGCUUCUCUCGCAAGGAUGCCCUGAAGCGACAUAUUCUCGUCAAGGGCUGCGGCAAAGACGUGUCCGAUACCAUCCCGAAGCAGGAGGGUGAAACGGUGAAACAGGAAGAUAAAGACCUGGAGCAUGGCUUGUCGAUUUAGCAUGACCCUGUUAUGGGUUUACCCCUUGAUUUCGACCACACCUCAUGAAU